AUGGAUUCUUUUGACGCCUACGGGCCGAAUUCACAAGCCUUAACCUUUUUUGAUCCUGAAGAAAAUGACCUAAUUGGUGGGGAUACUCAGGGGCCAGAUUACGACUGCAACGAUUUCACCUUGCCGUCACCGACUCAAACACAAGCAUCUCAGCUCGAUAACGACAAAAAUUGUUUUUCUCAGCAACUUGAGCGCUCCGAUAGCCUAAACGCACUUUCCCAACGUGUAGCAGAUUUAGAUUUUAAGGACGACGAUUUAGAUGACUCUAAUACCGAACUUCCAGAACACGCAUGUGCUUAUUGUGGUAUUCAUGAUCCAGCUUGUGUGGUUUUUUGUAAUACCACAAAGAAGUGGUUUUGUAACGGUCGUGGAAAUACAUCUGGAAGUCAUAUAAUUAACCACCUCGUGAGGGCUCGGGCGAAAGAGGUAACCCUGCACAAAGAUGGACCCCUGAAGGAUACACUUUUGGAAUGUUACGUAUGUGGGUCAAAAAAUGUAUUCCUCCUUGGCUUUGUGCCUGCCAAGUCAGAGUCUGUCGUUGUAUUAUUGUGUCGUAAUGUAUGUGCAAAUGCCAAUAAAGAUAUGUACUGGGACCCUGCUCAAUGGCAACCUAUUAUACAAGGACGUCAGUUUCUUUCCUGGCUUGUCAAAGUCCCUACUGAUGAGCAGCAAGCAAAAGCCAGGCAAAUAUCAGCCCAGCAGAUAAAUCGACUUGAAGAAAUGUGGAAGGAAAACCCCCAAGCUGCAGUGGAAGAUCUAGAAAAACCUGGAGCUGAUAAUGAAGUAAAUCCAGUAUUGCUAAGAUAUGAGAAUGCGCGCCAGUACCGAGAAGUAUUCAUACCCCUGGUACAACUCGAGGCUGACUAUGACAAAAAGAUAAAGGAGUCACUAAAACUCGAAAACGUCUCAAUUCGGUGGGAGACUGCACUCAACAAGCGUCGAGUGGCUUACUUCCGUAUUCCUGGAGCCAAUGAAGGUCCAGAAUUGCGUAUUAUGCAUGGCGAUGAAUUGAUUAUUCACCAGUUCAACAGCCCAAAUGACCUUCUAGUUGGCGUCGGUCACGUAAUCAAAGUACCAGACAAUUUUAGUGAAGAAGUUGGUUUGGAAAUGAAACACGUCAAUGAUACACCUUUGGAUUCUGCAACUUACAGAAUUGAAUUCAAGUGGAAAUCAACUCCCUUCGAUAGAAUGAAAAAAGCGAUCGUGACUGUAACAGAUGAGUCACGUGGUUUGUUACCACCAUACAUAUUUUAUCGAUUAUUGGGGCAAGAGUUAGAUGAUAUGGUACUUAAAUGCAACCUACCUAAACGCUAUUCCGCACCAGACCUUCCUGAGCUCAAUCACAGUCAGGUGUUUGCUGUCAAAACAGUUCUUCAGCGUCCACUUAGUCUAAUACAAGGUCCUCCUGGAACGGGGAAAACUGUCACGUCUGCAUCAAUAGUUUAUCACUUAAGUCAAAUACAUCAGAAAAAGGUCCUAGUUGUUGCACCUAGCAAUACUGCAGUUGAUCAGUUGUGCGAAAAAAUUGAUCGUACAGGAUUGAAGGUAGUACGUUUAUGUGCUAGAUCCAGAGAGGCUCUAGCUUCUCCUGUUAGUCGUCUUAUGUUGCAUAUACAAGCUCAGAAUGUGAAGGGACAUACUGAACUUCGAAAGUUACAACAGCUGAAGGAUGAAACUGGUGAACUGAGCCAAGAUGAUGAUAAACGAUAUCAACUUUUGAAGAAUGAACUUGAACGUGACAUUCUCUUGGCUGCAGAUGUAGUUUGUUGCACUUGUGUUACUGCCGGUGAUAUUCGUUUGGAGCGCCUCAGCUUUCAUUCUGUUUUAAUUGACGAGUCUACACAAGCGACAGAACCGGAGUGUUUAAUACCCUUAAUGGUGGGUUGUCGUCAAGUUGUUCUUGUCGGUGAUCAUUGUCAGUUGGGUCCCGUAAUAACAUGUAAAAAAGCUGCUGGUGCUGGACUUACUCAAAGUCUGUUUGAACGUUUUGUCCUUUUGGGUAUUCGACCCAUACGCUUACAGGUUCAGUACCGUAUGCAUCCAGCAUUGUCAGCUUUCCCCAGCAAUGUCUUUUAUGAAGGAAGUUUACAAAACGGAGUCACAGCAGAAGAUCGAUGCAAAAGGAUUGACUUUCCAUGGCCAAAUCAAGAUAGACCUAUGUUUUUCUAUUGCACAUCUGGACAAGAAGAAAUAUCUGGUAAUGGUGUGUCAUACUUAAAUAGAACUGAAGCAGCAACUGUUGAAAAGAUUGUCACAAAAAUGCUUAAAAUUGGUGUUCAUCCAAAUACAAUUGGAGUAAUCACUCCUUAUGAAGGUCAACGUGCUUAUUUGGCGCAUUAUCUCCACUAUUCCGGCUCUUUGAAUGCUAAAUUAUAUCAAGAAAUAGAAAUUGCCAGUGUUGAUGCAUUUCAAGGUCGAGAAAAAGAUUAUAUUAUUCUUUCAUGUGUUCGGGCAAAUGAAAACCAAGGUAUUGGAUUUCUUAAUGAUCCACGUCGUCUGAAUGUUGCUCUUACUCGUGCUCGUUAUGGGUUAAUAGUGGUUGGAAAUCCAAAGGCACUUUGCAAGCAACCACUUUGGAACCAGCUACUACACUUUUAUCGUGACCAGCAUUUACUUGUGGAAGGACCGUUGAACAACUUAGGCGAAUAUAUGUUACAGUUCCCUAGACCAAAGGUUCCCUAUACUUUCAAACCCGGUGGCCAUUAUUUAGCACAGCUUAACGCGAAUCCAGCUUUGCUGAAUAAUAAUCAGUUAAAUAGUCAAUUGAACGUACAUUCGGCAAACCAAUUCAAUUAUCUUUCGAAUUCAUCUCAACCGUGUUUUGAUAAUCCUAAUGGACCUACAGCUUUAGUGGCAGCAAUGGCAGCAGCAGCCGCUGCAGCUUAUUUCGGUGGUCCUAACUCGAAUGCUAGACCAAAUGUUCCGUCAAAUCUUAAUCAACCAGGAGCAAGCCAUGCUGCAGCAUAUGCUGUUGCAGCUGCUGCAGCAGCUCAACAUCAACCGAAUCAGUCAUUUUCAGGACAAACCAAUGGUGGUUCACAUAAUAUGCAUCAACUUCUGAACAAAUCUCUUUUUGACCAAGUUGGAUAUAUUGGACCAAAUAGACAGUAUGCAGAAGCUAACGCUAGCUCAAAUCUCCCCAUGCCAUUGAGCAUGCUUAUGCCUGCUAAUCGUCCUUCGAAUACAAAUGUUACAAAUCCAUUCGGUUCUUCUGGUCAUUUUGGCAAUGGGAAAUAUGGUAACAACAUAGGAGCAGCUGGAUCACUCGGCAGACCGAUUCAAACACUAGGCGCGAUGAACAUGCAUACAAAUCACUCUCAGGCAAAUACAGGAAAUACAAGAGCUCCAGGUGGUCCUCUUCCUGGUUCGGGUUCUACAGCACCCCGAUAUCUUGGAAAUGCACGUCGCAAUAUGCAAAACAAUUCACAAAAUGCCUCAAAAUCGCGCCAAGCCGACGGGGUUAACAAUUCAAUAGAACGCGGUGCUACUAAUGUUGCCAAUACUGGUGCUGGUUUGCUGUCGCAGCCCGGUUUAUCAGAAUUCUCAGGAACACAAGGAACUUCUAGUUUGGGUGCCCUUGGUGUAUACAAUAGUCAGUCGCGUCAUGCAGGGCUCUCUGGCUUAUCUCAGGAAAGCACUUCUUUAGACUUCCGCCUUGGUCAAGGUGCUAGUCAAAUGGACAACUUAUUGUUGUCACAAGAUUCGACGUUUCAAGGAGCUACCGUACCCAAAAGCAAAAGGAAUUUGCAAAGAGAAGAGGACUUAUUUAUCACUGAAAAUGACGACCAUUCCAAUGAAGGUUUUGAUGCAAGUUUGGUUAACGGAGCCGACCUAGAAGAUAUUGAUGUUUCUCAAAAUGUCAGCUGUGCGAGCAAUGGUGCACUGCUGUCGCAGUUCUAA